AUUGACGUUACUUGUUUUUGUGAUCGUUUCCUCGCCACCUCUCCUAUUAAAUUCUUCAACAAAUUGCUUCUGUAGCUCCCGAUUCACCUGCCUUGCAUAGAUCGUCGUCCACCCUCAACCAGAUUGGUGCACAAUGGCCGCAGACGACGAGAAGCAAGCACGGGAGGUGGAGGAGACAACCGGAUCGGAAGCUCCUGCGGAAGGAGCUGAUGAGCCUACCAAGGCUGGCGAGGAGGAGGACACAGGUGCUCAAAUCGCGCCUAUCGUAACAUUACAGGAAGUUGCUGUUAGCACUGGCGAAGAGGAUGAAGACGUGCUGAUUGAUAUGAAAGCUAAGCUUUACCGAUUUGACAAGGAAGGAACCCAGUGGAAAGAGCGGGGCGUUGGCCAAGUUAAGAUAUUAGAGCAUAAGACUACCAGAAAGGUCCGAUUGCUCAUGCGACAAAAUCGGACCCUGAAGAUCUGUGCUAAUCACAUGGUUACGGCAGCUACUCAACUGCAAGAGCACGCUGGUAGUGAUAAGUCAUGGAUAUGGCAUGCGCGAGACUAUUCAGACGGCGAGUUAAAGGAGGAGCUUUUCUGCAUGCGAUUUGGCAGUGUUGAAAGCGCCCAAAAGUUUAAAGAUGUUUAUGAGGCUGCCCAGGAGAAGGUGUCUAGCAAGACAGAGGAGAAGGACGAGGAGGCUGAUGCGACUGCAGACCUUUUACAAAAUUUGAAAGUGGAACCAAAAACUGAUAAGGUCGAUGUUCCUGAGGAAACGAAUACUGGAACCAAAGCAGCGUAGAUUGGACAGUAUGGGUGUGAUCAACAUGUGCUUGGGUCGUUGGAAGGUAGUUAUACGUGGCACUAAACUGGUUUCGAGUGUUGAUGUUUUUAAACCCUCGUCCAGGGUCGGAAUUUGGAAUGCUUCUCCUGAAGUGAAAAAAGUUAAUCGUGUAAACCUUUAUUAGUGUUAAUAAGUACGCCAGUUGCUUUUGAAAACCUGUUCUACUUUUAGCAGCAUGCAUCGCCCUUCUUGUGUAAGUAGGGGAAAUAUGUUUCACAAUUCCUGGAACGUGAUUCGCCUGCAUUGAUGUAUCAUCUUUUAUUGA